AUGGUUUCUAGGGAGCACAAGAGAGCAGCACUGCAUGAGAAGCUGCAACUUCUUCGUUCCAUUACUAACUCUCAUGCUCUGAACAAAACAUCAAUCAUAGUAGAUGCAUCAAAGUAUAUUGAAGAGCUAAAACAGAAAGUAGAAAGACUGAAUCAAGAUAUAUCAGCUGCACAAACUUCAAAUGAUCAAAAUCCAUUGCCUAUGGUUACAGUAGAAACCCUAGAGAAGGGUUUUCUGAUCAAUGUAUUUUCAGAAAAGAGCUGCCCUGGUCUACUUGUUUCUAUAUUGGAAGCCUUUGAGGAAUUGGGUCUUAAUGUUCUUGAAGCUAGGGUUUCUUGCACUGACAGUUUUCGAUUACAAGCAGUUGGAGGAGACAAUGAAGAACAAAGUGAAUCUAUUGAUGCACAAGUGGUGAAACAAGCAGUGUUGCAAGCUAUUAAGAAUUGGGGUGAAAGUACUGAUCAACAGGAGUAA